UUGUAUCUGAAAAAGAAAAAAAAAACCCUCUGCGUGCCCAAGAAGGUUUAUAUGAAGACAUUCCUUUUAACAUUUAAAAAACGAAAGCAAACACAAGCUUGCUGUGGAAAUGUCUGCUGAUGGGUGGAGGGGUAAGCAGACACUGGUGUGUUGAAGAGGCAACGUAUUUAACAACAGCAAAAAUGAACGUGUUAGAGCCACAUAAAUCAGCAUGGCUUGAUUUAAAAAAUAUGGCGGGGUGGGGGGAAGCAAGAUAUGGAGUAAUCUGUACAGCAUGAUACUAUUUUUAUAAGCCACACACCAUGUUCCAGGUGCAUACAUGUGUGUGAAAGGAUUUACAACAUCUGUAAGGACACAGGCCCGACUGAUGAAACUGGUGAAACACAGGGGCAUUUCUGAGGGACAGAAGGCAGGGAAACCAGCAGGGCGGUGGGUUAAAAGGGACAUUAGCUUUAUCUGCAGCACUCUACAUUCCCAGAGGGAGAAAAUGCAGGUAAUGUGCGUGUAGGGACCGGGCGAGGGCAGGCAGUCCACGUAUUGUCACGCAGUGGGCGCGAGGCUACGGACGGAGCCACGGACGGAGCCACACAGGCAGGCCAUGUGCAGGGGAGCACGUCCUGGAUUUUAUCUGGAAAUCUUACAAGGUUAAGGUUUUAGAGGGCCCAGCCAGAUGUCAGAGGGGACUGGAGCCCCAGCAGGGACCAAUGUGACCUCAAGGGCAGAUGUGCGGGCCUCCAGGCUCGUCCUGAUCCCCACGGAGACCAGGAGCCACAGGGGGCUGCCAGGAAGGCAGCAAGCAGGAGCCAACACACAGGCCACAGGACCCGCUCUUCCCGGUCCCCCUAGACCAGAGGCCAAUGCUGUGCAGACGAACAGAAGAGAGAGACCCAGGCAUAUUUUUUCCCUCAGAGACUGAGCAUUACCUAAGGGCUGUUUAGUAUAUCUCUAAGAACUACAUUUUGAUUGUUGGGAUGAAAAGUUUAUUUAUGUAAUCAGGAAGCUGCAGGUAAGCACUUGCGAAGAGCUGGUUAAGUACAGAACAAAUCAAGACUUUACAUCUUGUGGCCUCACCUGAUCACAGCUGGAGUGAGCUUCGUGGCCCUGCUCCCCCUUCUCCUGGCCAACCUCCCAGGGCUUUGCACUCUCUGUCCUCCCCAUGGACCGCUGUCUCCUGCUCCAGCUCAUAUUCUGCAGCCUUAGUCAUCACCCCACGCUUGAGGUUUAUGGAAGCUUGGGGCCUCACAAAGUUCAAAGUCUGCAACCAUUGUAAAGAGGCCUCUCAACUUGGCUUGGGCAGCAGCUGCAGCCCAGAGCUGGACACUCCCAGCUACACAAAGGGGUUUCGGUGGCUGUGGGAGGAGAGCCUCGGGCUGGCCCAAGCUUGGCCCUGUGGGCCCCAGCCCUGCAUCUGGCCUCCUUGGACUUCCUGCUUCUGAAAGGGGAUGUCAACCACCUCUAUUCUGACCUCAGUCUGUACUUUCUGAUUAAAUUCUUCCUUGCAGCUUAUCUCUUAACUCUGGCAAAAGACCCUUAACUCUGGCAAAGUAUCCCUUUCCCAAGGUGGGAACCUAAACUACCCCCUUAAGCCACAAACACUGCCCUGAGCCCACAAGACCCCGCAUGAUUGACCCUAAGACAAUGAUCAACCUGACCUUCACUGCCCACCGGCACGUACCCACCCACCUUUGUCCCACACUGUCUUUAUAUAAACCUAGAAGUGUUUUCAGCACUUUGGAGACAGUCUUUGAGACGCUGUCUUCCCACUGCCGCCUCACCGAAAUAAAUUCCUUUCUCGUUUCCCCACCACUCCUGGCUCUGCCUUUGGAUUUUGCCAACGGCGAGAGGCCAAGCCUGGUCUGUUUGGGACCCCGGGAGCCAGGUGCUCAUGCACCAUUGGGCCCCAGCUACACUUCUCUUCCCUGCUCAGGCCCCCUUCCUCCACAUUUACUGUGAACUGUACCCAGGUGCUGGGAACCGGGCCAUCUGUGAGAUGCCUUCAGGCCCUGUGAGCCUGGGGACUCUGCAGUUACUGCACAGCACAGACUUGGGGUGUAGAAAAAAAAAAUCCGUGCCUCAGUGGAACACGAUGCAUCGUCUACCAUACGUCCUUUCUGCUGUUAGGUGACUCCAGACUCUGUCUCUUCUACCGCGUGCAGAUGGUCUCUCUAGGGGUUCAGUGAUCUCCCCACCCCCACCCUGCAGAAAAGCUAGUUUUGCCUCAACUUAGAUAUUCAUUUCAAUGCUCCUCAUCUAUAAAUAGGUCUCCUUUUCUAUUAUCUUUGAACCGGUUCUAACAUCCGUCUGAUAGCUUCGCUGAUUAAGGAGUAGAAUAAGUCUUUAUCUCUUGUCCGUAUUUACAUCCGAAUGAGAAUUAGGAUUACAUCUUUUCCUGAAAAUUAUCUUGGAAUAGGAAAAUUAUCUUGGAAAAUAUCUUGGAAUUAUCUUGGAAUAGGAACCGAGCUCAGAUCUAACUGCUACAGCUUACCGACUUUGUAACCUUCGGGACAUUGCUCUUCUCCAAAAGCGGGCUGCUGGAGACGGACACACAGAGCUUCUGAACCCAGGGCGCCCGCGCAGCCGCGGCCCCGCCCCCGCCGCGGCCCCGCCCCCGCCGCGGCCCCGCCCCCAGGCCUUCCUCCGACUACAAAGUCCCCGCCACCGCCGCGGAGCCCGGAGUGCGGGCUGGGAGUCCGCGCGACCGGACAGGGCGGGGCAGCCGUGCCGCGCAGUCCCUCCAUUGGGUGGGGGCGGGCCCGAGCCUGUGAUUGGCCGGCGGCCGGAGGCGGGGACGGGUUCAGGCCUGCGAUUGGCCGGCGGCGGCGGAGGGAGCGGCACCGUGAUGGAGGCGGCUGGGCCGGUGACCAGGGCGGCGGCGCGUAAGAGGGCGCCCCAAAUCCCGGAGGAGCAGCGGGAGCGGCGGCCGGGGCGGCGGCGACCGCGGAGGAGAAUUGAGGAGGAGCAAGAAGAAGCUGUCUUUCAUGAAGUGGUCAGUUUUACCCCGGAUCCUUUGCCAGCUAGAUAUUAUGACAAGGACACCACCAAACCCAUCAGUUUUUACUUCUCUUCGCUGGAGGAACUCUUGGCAUGGACGCCCGGCAUGGAGGACAGCUUCAAUGUGGCCUUGGAGUCCUCCGAGUGUCGGCAGCCCCCGCUGAGCAGCCAGAGGCCCCGGACCUUGCUGUGCCAUGACAUGAUGGGCGGCUAUCUGGAUGACAAGUUUAUUCAGGGCUCCACGGCGCACACCCCCUACUGUUUCUACCACUGGCAGUCCAUCGACAUCUUUGUGUACUUCAGCCACCGCACCGUGACUAUCCCCCCCGUGGGCUGGACCAAUGCUGCACAUCGGCAUGGGGUCUGCGUGCUGGGGACUUUCAUCACCGAGUGGAAAGAAGGUGGGCAGCUCUGUGAAGCCUUUCUGGCCGGGGACGAGCGCUCAUACCGGGCCGUGGCUGAUCAGCUGGUCCUCAUCGCCCAGUUUUUCCGUUUUGAUGGCUGGCUGAUCAACAUCGAGAACUCUCUGAGUCUGGCCGCAGUGGGGAACAUGCCCCACUUCCUCCGCCACCUGACCACACAGCUGCAUCAGCAGGUGCCGGGGGGCUUGGUGCUGUGGUACGACAGCGUGGUGAGGAGUGGGCAGCUCACGUGGCAGGACGAGCUCAACCAGCACAACCGGAUCUUCUUCGACUCCUGUGAUGGCUUCUUCACCAACUAUAACUGGCGGGAGGAGCACCUGGAGCGGAUGCUGGGGCAGGCCGGGGAGCGCCGAGCCGACGUGUACGUGGGAGUGGACGUGUUCGCCCGGGGCAACGUCGUGGGAGGCCAGUUCGACACGUACAAGUCGCUGGAGCUGAUCCGGAAGCACGGAUUCUCGGCGGCCCUCUUCGCCCCUGGCUGGGUGUAUGAGUGUUUGGAGAAGAAGGAUUUCUUCCAGAACCAGGACAAGUUCUGGGCUUUGCUGGAACACUUCCUGCCCACACACAGCAUCUGUUCUUUGCCCUUUGUCACUUCUUUCUGCCUGGGCAUGGGGACGCGGAGAGUGUGCUACGGCCAGGUGCGUGGGCUUCCCGGUGGGGCUGCGUCACGGCACAGGGGCUGCCCCCCCCUCAGCCUUUGGUCUCACCUGGGAGAGGUGGGGGGUCGGGGCGUGGGAGGGAUGGCGGCCGCGCUGCUCCCCCGGCCCCUGGCGCUCCCCAGCCCUCCCUCGUGUGGCCUUGUCCUCCAGGAGGAGGCGGUAGGGCCCUGGUACCACCCAAGUGCCCAGGAAAUCCAGCCCCUGUUUGCAGAGCACAGUUUGGAAGGGGCCGGGCGGGGCUGGGUGAAGACACGCUGCUGCCUGGCGGACGCCUGGAACGGGGGCAGCUCCCUGCUUGUCCGCGGGCUGAUUCCGCCCGACGUCGGACAUGUGGCCGUGAGGUUAUUCUCUCUGCAGGUCCCCGUGCCUCCCAAAAUUUUCCUGUCCUUGGUGUAUAAGCUAGAAGGGCCUUCGGGCGUCGAGGUGGCAUUGGAGCUCACCACAGGGGACGCGGGCAGCUGCCACGUUGGUGGCAUCCGGACACUGAAUGCAGGAACAAGCGCCAGGCACAGUCCCCGACCCCUCCGGGUGCCCCCCACCAAGCUGGCCAGAUGGGUGGGCCACUGCGGCCAGCAGCUCCAGGGGGGCUGGGUCCAGCGAUGCUACGAGGUGAGCCUGUGGGGCUGCCUCCUGCAAGACCUCUUCGUUAGCUUCGCCCGGCCCCCUGGCAGCCUGGAGGAGGCGAGCUUUGUCUGCCGUCUCGGGGAGCUCCAGGUGGUGGACGCCAAGAGCCUGCUCGCCCCGCUGCCCCGGGUGCGGGCCGUCACUGUGUCCCGCGUGCGCUGGCAGCGGGCCACGUCCGAGGAGGAGGGCCCCCCUGCCCCGCUGCGACUCAGCUGCACUCUGCACUGGUCCUACGUCCUCUCUCCCGUCCGAUGCUUCCGGAUCCGCUGCCGCACAGGGACUGGCGGUGGCCCUCCUGGCGGGGGGCCGCCGGGGCCAGAGAAGCCCGCGCUCCUGGGCCUGGCCUUUGUCAACCAGUAUCGGAUAGCGGACCUGCUGGUGGCGGCCGCGGGGCCCAGCGGGGACGGGCGUGUGGAGUUCCUGGUGGAGCCCGUCCCCAAGGAGGGGUUUCUGGUGCCGCAGGCCCAGUGGGGCAGGGCGGCCCUGCUCUACUCCACGCCCCGCACGUGAGCCAGCAUUAAAGCACGGCAUCUCCCCCCUCGAGGCUCAGCUGCUUCUGCGCCGGGGCGGCUCACGGUGUGCGGAAGCCCACGGGCGCCAGGAGCCCACGGGCUGGGGCUGUUGUGUGGUGGAGGCUGGUAACGGGAAAACCAAGAAGUCCCUUUGCUGGGCUGAUAAUUUCCUGAGGUUGAUGAACUCUGUUCUGCCUAAUCCCUGUCCAGACUACAGAUUCCCAGG